UCAUCUGCUUCAGACAUUUCUGAUCUCGAAUCCUUACCAGAUUUGACUGAAGAUGAUACAACGCCAAAUAGUUCACCUGUCAAAAAUUCUGUUACUAGGAGUUACUACUUCAGUGAUUUGAAGGCUUCUUCACUUAAAAAUAUACUAGAUGGCUUGGAAGAACCACCCAAAAAUACUCCUUCCAUCUUUGAAAUCCCUGAAAUUGUUCACAAGAUUCUCGAAUUCGCUGAUAUUAGCAACACAGUCAUUCCUCAAGAAACCACACCUACUAGGAGAAAACCAUUAUCAUUCAACCACGCAUUGCUAAUUCAUGGGGAUAAGAAUCAAGCAGAAUUAGCACUCCGUGAACAACUUCCGGAAGACAGAGCUCUGAAAUCAUAUUCUGGAGUUUUAUUUAACUGUUUGCAAGUCAACAGAUUAUUUAACCAAGUGGCUACGGAAAUUAUUCGCAAGAAGUUCUUAUUCAGCAACGAAUUUCAAUUUUUUCAAUUCAUUAAUAACAUUCCAUCUAUUCAAUUCAAGCCAACAGUCUUUGUCCUUCACAAAUUGUUUCAGGUUAAGCAACAGGCAUUAGACAAGAUAACCCCAUACAUAGAUUUUGCUGACUUGGAAUGGCUAGAACUAUACAUGUGUCCUAAAUUGCUACCAGGAAAGGAAUUUUUCAAGAACAGCCGCAAAUUGAAGAAACUAGUAAUAACAGGUUCCAAGGUGGUAGACGAUGAAUUCUUGAGAUACGUUGGUGAAUGUUGUCCAAACUUAGAAGUCUUGGAUAUUCGAGCCUGCGAACUUGUAUCUGAUGCUGGAAUCUAUCAAAUAGCUAAAAAUACUAGCAAACUAACAACAAUUAACUUGGGAAGGAAACAGAAGGGAUUUCUUAUCACCGACCAUGGUGUGACCAAGUUAAUUAGCAAUAAUACUAAUUUACAUACUGUUGGUUUGGCUGGGUGCCAUAUCACAGAUAACAUUGUGUGGGAAUUAGCUAUACGUUGCAGCAAUUCACUUCAACGGUUGUCACUCAACAAUUGUCCCAUGAUCCUGAAUCAAUCAAUCCCUUCUAUUUUAGGUAGUGGGACGAAUUACUUUCAUAAACUUUCAGUACUUGAGUUGAGAUUCAAUUUACAACUCCAGUAUUGGCAGCCUAUAAUUGAGUUCAAACGAAGACAAGAAAACAGAGGUAUUUCGUUGUUGAUUGAGGUUUGUGAAACGUUAAUGUUAAGAGUUAGACAACAGGAGAUGGAAAUGGACAAGCUUAUUCUGCAGAGAAUCUUCAGAGAUAUUAGAGAUUGGGCCAACGACACCAAUGAUGGAGAUGUUCUGCAUGAAGAUUUACUUAGAACUAGAAGGAUAACAGCAUAA